GAGGUCCGAUCGAUGUCUCUGGGUUCGACCUCUGCUCCUGUGUGCUCCCGGCGCUGCGGGGAUCGAUUGUUUCCCGGUAGUCGGCUCCCGUCCAGGUGUUCCACCGCUGCCUUCACAUCGGAGCUUCAUCCAGGGAUGUCGGGCUCCUCCGGUGAUCCGCAGGAGAAGCAGUGACAUGGCUACUGAUGAGAAGCCAUCAGCUGAUUGGAGCGUGGAGCCGCCCGUCAUCUCGCCCAGCAGCCCCUCCCACCUGACCCACUUCAAACCGCUGACCCCAGAGCAGGAUGAGCCGCCGCUACGCUCCGCCUACAGCUCCUUCGUCAACCUGUUCCGCUUCAACAACAAAGAGGAGGGUCGUUCUCCCUCCACAGCUGCAGGGAAACCAGAUGUUUCAUCUCCGUCUCCUCAGUCUGAGAGGAGGAGCUGGUCCUCCAGUCCAUCACAUUCAGCCUACAGGGCGCACCGCAAGCAGCAUCCAGAACACCUGAGACGGACCUUCACAGCCUCAGUGGACUGGCCAGAUGGCAGCAGGAAGUCGGAUGCGUCUCUGAACCAUGACCCCCGGACCGCUGUCCAGCUCCGUACAGCGCUGAAGAGGCUGAAGGAGAUCAUGGAGGGGAAGAGUCAGGACAGCGACCUGAAGCAGUACUGGAUGCCUGACAGUCAGUGUAAAGAGUGCUACGACUGCAAUGAGAAGUUCACCACUUUCCGCCGCCGACACCACUGCAGACUGUGUGGGCAGAUCUUCUGCAGCCGCUGCUGCAACCAGGAAAUCCCCGGAAAGUUCAUGGGCUACACGGGAGAUCUGCGAGCGUGCACGUACUGCCGUAAGAUCGCUCUGAGCUACGCCCACUCGGCCGACUCGGGCUCCAUCGGCGAGGACCUGAGCGCUCUGUCCGACUCGCCCUCUUCAGUUCUGGUUCUGGAGCCCAAUGAGCCUCGGACUCCGGUGGGCGGCCGUAAAGCCAGCAGGAACAUCUUCCUGGAGGAAGACCUGACCUGGCAGAGAAAAACUCCCAUUGGGGUCAGAAAGACUCUGAUCCACCAGGAGCCCCAGAAUGGCAGCCUCAGCUCCAGACUGACCACGCUGCAGGAAGACGUCGGAAAAUCACCAGCCAGGAAGAGGUCUGCCAGUGUGACCAACCUGUCUCUGGACCGAUCCGGAUCCUCCAUGGUUCCGUCCUACGACAGCUCCGUCAGCCCCCCCACCAGCCGGGCCAUGACCGGAACCAAGAGCGGCACCAAGCUGGACCACAGCGAGGAGGAGAGGAAGAUCCUGCUGGACUCGUCUCAGCUGAAGGAUCUCUGGAAGAAGAUCUGCCACAACAGCACCGGGAUGGAGUUCCAGGACCACCGGUACUGGCUACGGACCUACCCCAACUGCAUUGUGGGUAAAGAGCUGGUCAACUGGCUGCUGAGGAACGGCACCAUCUCUACCAGAGCUCAGGCCAUCGCCAUCGGUCAGGCGCUGGUGGACGGCCGCUGGCUGGACUGCGUCACCCACCAUGAUCAGCUGUUCAGGGACGAGUACGCCCUCUACCGCCCCCUGCAGAACACAGAGUUCUCAGAAACGCCGUCUCCGGACAGCGACAGCGUCAACUCUCUGGAGGGACACUCGGAGCCGUCCUGGUUCAAGGACAUCAAGUUUGACGACAGCGACACGGAGCAGCAGGCUGACGAGAAUGAGGACACCAUGCCCAACUCUGCCAGCCCCAGUAAUAGGACGUCUGUCAGCAGCUUUCAGUCGGUGGUCGACAGCGACUCUGCUGCUUCCAUCAACCUCAACAUGGAGCAGAACAACGUCAACUUCCACAUCAAGAAACAGUCCAAAUAUCCACACGUUCCCCCUACAGCCGAACAGAAAGCAGAGUUCCUGGUGUCUGAGGACGGAGGUCAGAACAUCAUCAUCAGCGACGCCUUCAUCAAAGAGUCCCUGUUCAACCGGCGUGUGGAGGAGAAGGCCAAGGAGAUGCUGUUCACUCCUCUGGGAUGGCAUCACAGCUCUCUGGACCAGCUCCGGGAGGAGAACGGGGAGAAAAAGGCCAUGGAGAGGCUGCUCUCGGCCAACCACAGCCACAUGAUGGCGCUGUUGCAGCAGCUGCUCUACAGCGAGUCCCUGUCGCUGUCGUGGCGAGACAUCAUCGUCCCGGUGGUCCGGCAGGUCGUCCAGACGGUCCGACCUGACGUCCGCAACUGUGACGACGACAUGGACAUCCGGCAGCUGGUCCACAUCAAGAAGAUUCCUGGAGGCAGGAAGUUCGACUCGACAGUGGUGAACGGCUUCGUCUGCACCAAGAACAUUGCUCACAAGAAGAUGAACCCAUACAUCAAGAACCCAAAGAUCCUGCUGCUGAAGUGCUCCAUCGAGUACCUGUACAGGGAGGAGACCAAGUUCACCUGCAUCGACCCCAUCGUGCUGCAGGAGAGAGAGUUCCUGAAGAACUACGUCCAGAGAAUCGUAGACGUUCGUCCAAACCUGGUGCUGGUGGAGAAGACAGUGUCUCGGAUCGCUCAGGACAUGCUGCUGGAACACGGCAUCACGCUGGUCAUCAACGUCAAACCGCAAGUCCUGGACAGAGUGAGCCGGAUGACGCAGGGAGAUCUGGUGAUGUCCAUGGACCAGCUGCUCACCAAACCUCGGCUGGGAACCUGCCACAAGUUCUACAUGCAGCCGUUCACACUGGCCAACAAUGAGCUGAAGACACUGAUGUUCUUCGAGGGCUGCCCUCCUCACCUGGGCUGCUCCAUAAAGCUCCGCGGGGCCUCGGAGUACGAGCUGGCCCGGGUCAAGGAGAUCAUGAUGCUGAUGGUGUGCGUGGCCUACCACUCCCAGCUGGAGAUCUCCUUCCUCAUGGACGAGUUCGCCAUGCCGCCCAGCCUGGCCCAGAGCGCCUCCUUCCCCUGCCUGCUGGACGGGAACGCUGCAGAACCCGACGGAGACAAGCCUGCAGAAGACUCAGCCGCAGGUCAGCAGGAGGACGAGGAGGCUUCAUCCAAGAACGGAGCUUCAGAUGCUCCACACCCACAACCUUCCUCCAUCCCAGAGGAGGAGACCAGCACCGACACCAGGACCUCCUCACCUUUCUCCAGCCCUCCUGCUGCCGUCAACGUCUCUCCUCCGUUCCUCCUGGAGGACGACCAGGAGAUGGACACUGUGGUUGGAGCGGAGACAGAAGGAAGUCCGAUGAAGGAUCUGGGUCUGGAGGACAGAGAAGGUCCAGAGACGCCAAAGCUGUUCAGAGACCCCCUGCAGGAUGAUACCGGGAUGUUUGUGGCCGAGCAGGUAGAUUCCACCGACGACCGUCUGAAGUCCUUCUCAGCUGUUUUCAAGCAGGAGCUCAAAGACAUCAUCCUCUGCAUCUCCCCCUUCAUCACCUUCAAGGAGCCCUUCCUGCUGACGCCGGCCGGCAUGCACUGCCCCAGCAGGGACUACUUCCCUGAGCAGGUCUACCUGUCACCUCUCCUGAACAAGGACUUCAAGGAGCUGGAUGGUCGCAGGAAGCGGCAGCUCCUGAAGGACUCGGCGCCGUCGUCCCUGCAGACCAACGGCGGCGUCUAUCCGAGGCCGGUGGACGUCCUGCCCUGCCACAGCCUGACCAGCACUCGCAUCGUGGAGCAGCUGAGCGGCAGCCAAGACCUGGCCAGGAUGCUGGCCGACUACCGAGCCAAAGGCGGUCGCAUCCAACAGAGAGGAAGCAGCGACCCGUUCAGCGCCGGACAGAACCGAGCCGUGGACGGGCCGGUGAAAGGUCCGGUGAAGGCCGACAGCGAAGAGGAGAAACCCAGCAAGCAGAGCGACGUAAGCUGGGCUCCCAAGCUGGACUGUCUGAACCCCGUCAACCACCAGAGACUCUGUGUUCUGUUCAGCAGCUCCUCAGUUCAGUCCAACAACGCUCCCAACCCCUGUGUCAGCCCCUGGAUCGUCACCAUGGAGUUCUACGGGAAGAACGAUCUCUCUCUAGGCGUCUUUCUGGAGCGAUAUUGCUUCAGACCUUCCUACCAGUGUCCCAGCAUGUUCUGUGAGACUCCCAUGGUGCAUCACAUCCGGCGCUUUGUCCACGGCAGUGGCUGUGUGCAGAUCGUGCUGAAGGAGCUGGACUCACCUGUACCUGGAUACCAGCACACCAUCCUCAACUACUCCUGGUGCCGCAUCUGCAAGCAGGUGACCCCGGUGGUUCCUCUGUCCAACGAUUCCUGGUCCAUGUCUUUUGCCAAAUACCUGGAGCUGCGGUUCUACGGCCACCAGUACACCAGACGGGCCAAUGCCGAGCCCUGUGGCCACUCCAUCCACAAGGACUACCACCAGUACUUCUCCUACAACCAGAUGGUGGCAUCCUUCAGCUACACGUCCGUCAGGCUGCUGGAAAUUUGUCUUCCUCGUCCAAAAAUCUUCAUCAGGAACCUGGGACCUUCAAAAGCCAACCUGCAGCAGGACCUCAAGGACUUCUCUCAGAAGGUGACUCAGGUUUAUCUGGCCAUCGACGACCGGCUGACCUCCCUGAAGACCGACACCUUCAGUAAAACCCGGGAGGAGAAGAUGGAGGACCUGUUCGCCCAGAAGGACAUGGAGGAGGCAGAGCUGAGGAGCUGGAUCGACAAGCUGCAGGUCCGACUGCAGUCCUGUGGUCUGGACUCUCCUCAGCAGCUGCAGGUGCUUCUGGAGUCGCUGGUGGUCAAGAAGCAGAGUCUGUGUGAGAUGCUGCAGUCCUGGAACGCCAGACUUCAGGAUCUGUUCCAGCAGGAGAAAGGAAGGAAGCGUCUGUCUGUUCCCCCGAGUCCAGGAAGACAUCGACCUCCAGCCGCUGACGACAGCAGCAAGAACAACCUGGAUGCUUCUCCUCGGAACUCCUCUCCUGUGGUGCAGAACGGAGACAAAGAGGACCGCCUCCUCAGCACGCUGCCCUCCAUCACCUCCUCUCUGCUGCCAUCUCCUGGAGACGCUGCAGCAGAACCCACCACUCCAGGACCAUCCUUCUCUGAGCAGGACUCAGUCAGCCUCCCUGAAGAUGUUUUUGACGGACACCUGCUGGGCUCCACCGACAGCCAGGUGAAGGAGAAGUCGACCAUGAAGGCCAUCCUGGCCAACUUCCUGCCUGGGAACAGCUACAACCCCAUCCCCUUCCCCUUCGAUCCAGACAAACACUACCUGAUGUACGAACAUGAGAGAGUUCCCAUCGCUGUCUGUGAGCGAGAGCCCAGCUCCAUCAUUGCCUUCGCCCUCAGCUGUAAAGAAUAUAAAACGGCUCUGGAUGAUCUGUCGAAGGCAUUGACCGGAGGAGGAGACGAAGCUCCACCAGUGAACAGCAGCGUUGACGGUCGGAUGAAGAACAGUCCGGCUCGACCCAACGAGUCGACGUCGUCUCAGAACCGCAGCAGCAGCGACACUGAAGCCAUCAAGGAAUCAGACUCGGCUGAUAAACAGAAGAAACAGACUCUGAAUCCUCACAUCGAGCUGCAGUUCUCCGACGCCAAUGCAAAGUUCUACUGCCGGAUCUACUACGCCGAGGAGUUCCACAAGAUGCGAGAGGAGAUCAUGGAGAGCAGCGAAGAGGACUUCGUCCGGUCGCUGUCGCACUGCGUCAACUGGCAGGCGAGAGGAGGAAAGUCUGGAGCUAUGUUCUACGCUACAGAAGACGACCGCUUCAUCCUGAAGCAGAUGCCUCGGCUGGAGGUCCAGUCCUUCCUGGACUUUGCUCCUCAUUACUUCACGUACAUCACCGGAGCCGUGCAGCAGAAGCGACCCACAGCUCUGGCUAAGAUUCUGGGAGUUUACCGGAUCGGGUACAAGAACUCUCAGAACAACACGGAGAAGAAGCUGGACCUGCUGGUGAUGGAGAACCUGUUCUAUGGAAGGAAGAUGGCUCAGGUGUUUGACCUCAAAGGUUCUCUGAGGAACCGGAACGUGAAGACGGACUCUGGGAAGGAGAGCUGCGAGGUGGUUCUGCUGGACGAGAACCUGCUGAAGCUGAUCCAUGACAACCCGCUGUACAUCCGCUCACACUGCAAGGCCAUCCUGAGGGCCGCCAUCCACAGCGACGCCUACUUCCUGUCCAGCCACCUCAUCAUCGACUACUCGCUGCUGGUUGGACGAGACGACGCCACGGACCAGCUGGUGGUCGGGAUCAUCGAUUACAUCAGGACGUUCACCUGGGACAAGAGGCUGGAGAUGGUCGUCAAAUCCACUGGAAUCCUGGGAGGUCAAGGGAAGAUGCCCACUGUGGUUUCUCCAGAACUGUACCGGGCUCGGUUCUGUGAGGCCAUGGACAAAUACUUCCUGAUGGUUCCGGACCACUGGGCCGGUCUGGGCACCAACUGCUGAGUCCAAACGCUGCCAAACCCAAACCAGCCGGACUCUAACUGCACAAACACCAGAACCUUCCUGAGGUCCAGAAGCACAGUGGACCCGGUUCAGACUGAACCCAGAUCAGCGCAGAAUCAUUCCAGCGGAGCAGAGUAGCAUUAAAACACUUUAGAUCCGUUUUUAUCCCAUCAGUGUUUUCAGGUCCAACUCUGGUUCUUUUAUAGUCGGUGCCAUGAACCCGUCGGUCGCUGGUUUCAGUUUGAAACUGACUAAUUAUGUAAUUAAAGUUUGUAAAUGUACAGAGAUGAUGUAACUAUUAAAGGUUAUUAACAACA